AUGUUAUUCACUAAUACUGCUAUUGCCUCUAAUGUUGUUGCUUCCAAUGCUACUACCUCUAGUGCUGAUGCAGCCUCCACUGCUGGUCCAGCCUCAACUGUUGCUGCCUCAACUGCUGCUGCCUCCACUGCUGGUCAAGCCUUAAUUGCUGGUGCAACUUGCACUGUUGGUCAUAAGAGUGGUGCAGUUGGGAGAUGUUCUGGGAAUGGUGUCGUUGACAAGUAUAUCCAACUUGUUCAACCUGCUGGAAAUGUGCACAAAACAACUUCAAUCAUCAUCACCCUAUUGCUUAUUUUUGCAAUUUCAUCAUCAUUUGGAGUGGCAGACAUACCAGUCGAGAUGCCCGAAACUUAA